AUGGACAAUAUGACGAUCGUGGUGAUCAAGACUCGAAUAAAUGGCUCCGGGGAUAACGAUAAUGAUGAUGAUGAUGAUGAUGGUGAUGAUGAUGAUGAUGAUGAUGAUGAUGAUGAGCAUUAUAUUGCUAUUGACGAUGUGUCGGAUAUCAAGUAUGAUUACUCGGCCGCUGCGGAUGUCCGUAAACGGUGUCGUUCAAUCAAACGCAUCCGAUCGAUCGGCCAUCGGGAACAAUCAAUCAAUAUCGGUCUGAUCGGUCUGGUCAGAUGGUGCGAAAAGGGAACGAGUCAAUGCGGACUGGCCCAUUCGUGUUUCCUUCCCCCUGGGUCGGCAUUGUUCCGUACACCCCUACACAAAAGGAAAGCCAGGAGGUCUCUCUGUAGUUGGCACUACAUCAAUCAGACGUGUUUAAAUGCCAGCUCUUCAUGCCUGAAGGGAGAGGGGAAGGACUGGUCUGUCCCGCAGAGCAGCCCUUGUAUGGCCCUGGCCCCGUUCCUGAAAGUUGACUGCACAUUUGUAUAUUCAAUGAAAUAA